AUGUCAGCUGCCAAUGAUACAAUCAGGUGGGGCGGCUUUCCGCCCACGUACGGCUCACCGAUGGAGUGCCUCAACGACUUCCUGCCCGGAGGCACGCUGGCGGGCCUCUACUUUGGCUACGUCAAGGAGUGGUGGCCGUGGCGGCACGAGUCCAACGUGCUGCUCCUGCACUACACCGACGCCAAGAAGGACCUCGGGGCCGUGAUCUCCAAGCUCGCCAAAUUCUUGGACGUCCAGCUGCUGCCGUGGCAGAGCGCCAGGGUGAGGACGCGCGCCAACAUCAGGCAGAUGAAGCAGAUCGCGCACAAAUUCGAUUACACGCAGUGGGCGGGCGACGGCAGCAAGAUCAUGUGCGGCAAGGACGGCUGCCCGGGCAUCGACGGCGCGCUCAUUCGGACGGGCAAGGUCGGCGGCGGCAAGGCUUUCUUCACGCCGGAGAUGACCGCCCUGUGGGAUGCGGCCGUCGAGAAGGAGUUCGGCUCUGACCCCGAGCUGAAGCGCUGGGCCGCAAAGGGCGGCAGGUUCAGCUGA